AUGUAUAUUUUAGGCUACGGGUAUAGUGGCUUCGCUGCGAACGAGGCUCUGGGUGUGUUGCAGAUGGUGCUCGAGGAGGAUUUCUUGUUUCAGAAUCUCCAGUGCUCCGCAGUAUGUCUUGCAAAAUUGAAAAAUGUCUCGCUGGAGAAGGUUUCGGAGACAUUGCUCGACUCGGAUGCUCACGUGACGGAUAAGCCACUGAACCACCAUGCUCGCUCAAAAAUUCUUGCCACUGGAAUCUACUUACUUUAUGCCGAUGGACGGCACAUUGAGGAUCUUCUUCCCGCAUUAUUGAAAGUGUACAGUAACUUACCACACUUGAAAUGGAUCGAUGAUGGCGCACUGAAUCGUCAAGAUAAAAUUCCAGUGCAAGAGCAGUUUGCACUGUGCUUCAAUACGAUUCUCAGUGAGCUUGCUGCUAAGUACGCGAAUGUACGCGAUCGAAUUGUUUCUGCACAAAUCGAACUGCUUUCCAUCACAGCGGAUAUCAUCAUCGAAAUUUGUGGCGAGGCACAGCCCACAUUCCAAACUAAAUUGUAUCUCAUGCGUGUUCUUUGCUUUAUCAUUGGAUUAUUUCGUGCAUUUGGGCGUUACAGUAACGAUAAGGAGCAUCCACUGAUCUCGGCAAUUUAUCCUCCUCCCUUCACCAUCGGCAAAGCAGACGGAGUGAAUUCUCAGCCCGCUGAACUCGACAGAGUUGCCUAUAUGAUUAACUUUAAGGUCGAGCGUUUACUGAGGAAGCCGAUUUUGGAUAUCAUGGAUGUUUAUGCAGCCGACGUUUACAUGGCUGGACAAGUCAGGCGUUUUCCAUAUAAGACAAUCUCGGAAUGUCUUUCAUUGGUUUGCGUGACAGCUGCAAGAGAUGCAUGCGCACCGUACGAUAUGCUGAAGGCGGAGAAAACCUUACCUCAGAAAUUUGCUAGAGAGUUGUUCAUUGUAUUCUCCUUUAUCGUCAACUCGGAAGUCGGCGGCUUUUGUAUUCUGUUUGAUUCUUUACCUAUUUUCACACUGGUGGCAGCCUUCCAGUGUUCCUUUGAUUUUUUCAUGACUGUCUUGUCGAACUUUUUAUCUUAAGCGGAAUCGUUGCAUGCUCGAAUAGCAGAUCGGCUUUGGCACGGCCACGGACAUCGGCAUGUGUUGGUCAACAUGCCGCUGAUAAUGAUGGCACUGGAUGCGCUGGGAUCUCUCUCUGUUAAGUUCCCAACAAUCGCUGCAACUUUGGCUGUAAAUAACCUCAUCCAGUUUUUGGUGGAACCGUCACCUGUCUUCUCAAAGCUUGCUGCAGACCUCGGC